AUGAUUGUAGGAUAUGUACAAAAUGGGCUUCUUGAUCAAGGCUUUGAGCUUUUUAAGAAAAUGCAAUUAGUGGGUGUAAAGCCAGACACAUCAACGUUUGCCAGCAUCCUCCCAACUUGUGCUAAACUUGGAGCUCUUGAGCAAGGUAUGGAAAUCCAUCAAAAAGGAUUUCUGUCAAACGUUGUAGUUGUGACAUCUCUGAUAGACAUGUAUGUAAAAUGUGGAUGCAUACAGAAUGGAUACAAAAUGUUUGACAAUAAGCCUCAACGUGAUGUGGCCUCGUGGAAUGCAAUGAUAGUUGGAUAUACACAGAAUGGACUUGCUGAUAAAACCUUGGAGAUGUUUAAGCAAAUGCAAUUCGUAGGUGUCAAGCCAGACACGUCAACCUUUGCCAGUAUUCUGCCCGCAUGUGCCAAGCUGGGAGGUUUGGAACAGGGGAUGGAGAUCCAUCAAAAAAUAAUCGAUAGUAGAUGUUUGUCUGAUAUCGUUGUGACUGCCUUGAUAGACAUGUAUGGAAAAUGUGGAAGUAUACAGAAGGCACGAGAAUUGUUUGACAAAAUGCAUCAUCCAGGCGCAGUCUCAUGGAAUGCAAUGAUCGCAGGAUAUACGCCCUCAAUCUCUUUGAACAGAUGA